AGAACCACAACAGCAGCUUGAUGCUAAAAUAAUCUUUGUAUGAUUAAACAUUAAAUUAGUGACUGAAAGCAUUUAAACUCUGAAACAACGACGGCGACUUUAUUUGUUUUACACAUUUAGAGCAUGAAGACGAUUUAAUGUGAUUUACGGUUUUGAUAGAAAUAUUGAAGAAUGGAUCAUUAAAAUAAAAAGUUAAAAAGAACUGAAUUUAAAGUCUGGAUGUGAAGUUUUGACGACUCAGAACAGGCGGAUCUUUACCUGGAUUUAAAUGAAGUCUUUCAGCUGAUCAGAGGGUUUCUGGAAGUCUGUUGUAGAUCUGUGGAGCAUAGAAGCUGAAUGCAGCUUCUCCAUGUUCGGUGUGGACAGGUGACUCGAGGGGUCACCUGGAUACGGGGUCAGGAGGUCAGCCGUGUAUUUUGGGGCUAAAUUAUUCAAAGUUUUGUCCUGAAAUUGAGUCGUAGCAGCUGGACUUAAACUCUUCUGUGAAAACUUUUGCCGCUCAUCCAGGUGUCUUCAUCAGAACCAACACCUGGAUGGACGAGAGCAGCUUUAGUUAGUAACUUCGAGCUUUUAUGGAACGUAUUCAGUCCUGAAUAAAAGCAGAUCUGUGACGUCUGUUAAAGCUUUUAUUGAAUGGAAACAUUUUUCAUGUCUGCUGUCCUGAAUCCACCCAGAGAAAUACUGUUUGGAUAAUUCCUUGGAGAAAUACUUUUCUACCAAUAAAACCCUAAAAUAUAAAAAGUUUGCUCAAAGAUAUAAGAAAAUAAAACUUUAUUUAAUUUUUUCACAAUAUUUAACGACCAAAAAUUGUGAUUAAACUCUCAGAAAUAUUUGUUUCUUUUUCAUUCAAAACUAGCAGGCAUCUCUAAGUAAUCCCGUUACUCCUCCAGUAAAGUUACUAGGAUAACUCCACCCGCUGAGUAAACUCCUCGCGACCUCAUUGGCUGUGGGGCUUCCGGAAGCAGCCAAUCGGAGCGCGGCAGCGCCGGUUGAUAGAGCCCCGCGCGGAGGCUGGCCCUCACAGUCCGGAUCGGAUCAGCUGAGAUCCUCAGGGCCGAUUAGAGCGCGCGCGCGGAUGUACUUCAGCACGACUGACAGAGCCGCUGACCGCCGCUGCACCUGUGCAGGCUCAAGCAGCGUGUGAACCCGGAGGACGCCCGGAGGACGCCCGGAGGACGCCCCGAGCCCGCCGGCCAUCAUGUCAGAAAACGCCGGCAGCGAGCUGGAGAUCGACGUGGAGAGUCUGGAGACGGAGAGCGACGAGCCCGCGGAGCCCUGCAGCCGGCCCGACGGCCCCGAGGACGGCGGCAAGCCGGGCCCCAGCGGCCUGAGCUCCGGGGACCAGAGGAAGCUGAGCCGGACGCCCAAGUGCGCCCGCUGCCGGAACCACGGCGUGGUGUCCUGCCUGAAGGGCCACAAGCGCUUCUGCCGCUGGAGGGACUGUCAGUGCGCCAACUGCCUGCUGGUGGUGGAGCGGCAGCGGGUGAUGGCGGCGCAGGUGGCGCUGAGGAGGCAGCAGGCCACGGAGGUGAGAGCCGGGACGGACCGCGCUGAUGAUGGGGAUAAGAAGGGGAUUUCUGGGAAACAGAUCCCAGCGGAGCGGCGGAUCUAUCAGCGGCACAUCCGGCCGUCCACCAUGCUGGCCAAAAGCAUCCUGGAAGGAUACCGUCCGGUUCAGCCCGACCCGUUCCUGGCUGCCAGCCCGUCUCUCCCCCCUCCCCUGAGCGACCGUAUGAGGAAGCGGCGAGCCUUCGCCGACAAGGAGCUGGAGAACAUUAUGCUGGAGCGCGAGUACAAAGAGCGGGAGCUGCUGGAGAACAGCCCGGCGCCGGCGGGCCCGCUGCUCUUUCCCGGCAGCAUGGUGCACCACGCUGCCGAGUACAACUCCUACAAGACGGCGUACGCCCCGGCAGCUCCGGUGGAGCCGCAGCCUAAGGAGCUGUGCGGCUUCCUGGGUCCGAACUGCCUGGAUCUGUCCAUGCAGUACCCCGCCGGCUCUGCCAACGUGGAGCUCAUCUCCUCCAACGUCAACGUCACCACGUACCGCCACUACCCGCUGCAGCCGCCCCGCGCCGGCUUCAUGAUGUGGCCCCGCGGGGCCGCCAACCUGGGCGAUGCUCUGCUGUAUCAGCAGUGUCUGUUCAACGCCACGGCGGUGCAGAACAUGAAGCCCGGCGCCGUGUGGGAGCCCAAACUGAUGCCGGCCGAGAGCCAGGCGCCGGAGCAGGAGCUCAUGGCCAAACUGGAGGGGUCCAGGGUCGCCGCCCUGCAGGACUCUGUGGACACUCAGCGGGUUGACCCCAAACCCCCCACCGCCCCCCAGGCGGGGCAGAAGGAGUCGGCCUUCUCUCCUCUGAAGAGGGGCCUGGGACAGUCGCUCCUCAGCAGCCCUCACUCCCAGAACCCCGGCGCCGCCCGAAACAAGCCCAGCAAAGACGGGUCGAGGCUCGCUGUGAAGCUCAACUCCUUUCACUCCCUCAUCCAGCACUCCCUGAGCGAGAAGGGCGGCGGGGGGUCCGGGCCGGAGCGCCGGACGCCCUUCUGCAAGGAGCUGCUGGAGGAGGCGGCCCGCAAGUUCAAGGACGCCAAAUCCUCCGAACGCUACGCCAAAGACUUCCUGGGCAAGCCCGUCGGGAGCAAGACGGGCCCCGGCGAGGGGCUGUCCUUUUCUGUGGAAGCCAUACUGAAGCGGCCCCCCCCUCUAUGAGCCGGACUCUCCCCACCCCCCCUUUGUUGCACUAAAACGUCGGGUUCUCCUCCAGUUCUGGCUCAUGAAAACAGAACAAAUGAGUCUGAAAAGGCCUCCUCUGUGUAAAAUGAAUGUACAGAUGUCCUCAUGUGCAUGUCUAUUAAUGUUAUUGUUAGAGUAUUUAAGCAUUAUUCUGUCAAUAAACUUUUCUAAAAACACUUCA